AUGACCCAGCUCGAGACACUGCCAGUGCUGGACCUCUCCUUGCUCGACCAAGGAGAGGCCGCCGCUGCCGCCUUUCGCGACCAACUGCGCGCGGCAACCCACGAAAUCGGCUUCUUCUACCUCGUCGGCACGGGAAUCAGCCCUGAGCUCGAACAGCGCAUGCACACCGUCGCGCGCCAGUUCUUCGAGCUGCCAGAACAGGACAAGCUCGCAAUUGAGAACAUCAACUCGCCGCACUUCCGCGGGUACACGCGUCUCGGCGGCGAGAGGACACAGGGCAAGGUCGACUGGCGAGAGCAGAUCGAUAUCUGCCCCGAGGGUCCCGCGGUGCCCAAGGACGACUUGCCCGACUUGCCCGACUAUGUGCGCCUCAAGGGCCCCAACCAGUGGCCGCCCGCUCUGCCCGAGCUGCGCGAGGUGGCUACAGAAUGGCAGGCGACGCUCGCCAAGGUCGGCCGCAAGUUGUUGCGCGCGUGGGCCGCCGCGCUCGGCGAGGACGAGAGCUUCUUUGACAAGAACUUUGGCGACCCGUUCACAUUGCUCAAGAUCGUCCGGUAUCCCGGUACCGACGCGACGGACCAAGGUGUCGGCGCACACAAGGACGCCGGUGUGCUGACGCUACUGUGGGUCGAGCCUGAUGUGGCUGGCUUGCAAGUACAGCUGUCGGACGGUCACUGGGUAGACGCGCCACCUGUCUCGGGCGCAUUCGUGGUCAACAUUGGCGAGCUGCUCGAGUACGCAACCCAGGGAUACCUCAAGGCCACGACACACCGCGUCAUCGCGCCCAAGGCGGCCAAAUCGCGCAUCUCCAUCCCGUACUUCUUCAACCCGGCGCUGGACGCCAUCUUGCCCCUGCUCAAGCUGCCACCAGACCUUGCGGCGGAAGCGCGUGGCGUCACGCGCGAUCCAAAGAACACGAUCCACUCGCUGUAUGGCAACAAUGCGUUGAAAUCGCGGUUGAGGGCACACCCGGACGUGGCGGCGAUCCACCAUGCCGACUUGGUGGCCAAGAGGGCUGCUGCGGCGUCGUGA